UUGAUGUUUCUUAGCGUUGCUUAGUGCGUAGAGGUCGUUGAGGUGGUGGAGGUUUUUGCGUACUUCACUGUCUUACAAGCAAAAGGAAAAAUCACUGGUAUUGUAACUUAUACCGUAGAAAUCUAAGAUGAUAUCAAAUAAAAGCACGAAAAUUAAUUUCGGAAUAUUGACAGUUAGUGACAGUUGCUCCCAAGGAACAGCAGAAGACAGGAGUGGCACAAAUCUUGCAGCUCUUAUUAUUAAAGGAUUAAUUCCCAAUGGAAAAGUUGUUCUUCAGAACUGUGUGCCAGAUGAAAAGGAUUGCAUUAAGAGGAUCCUGGAGGAAUGGACUGAUAGAGAAGGUGUUGAUGUUAUUCUUACCACAGGAGGAACUGGUUUUUCUUCUCGUGAUGUGACGCCUGAAGCCACUAAAGAAGUCAUACAUAGAGAAACAUCUGGACUGACGUUUGCAAUGUUUAAGAAAAGUCUUGACAUAACACCAUUAGCAAUGUUGUCAAGAGCAACCACAGGUAUCCGCUACAGCACCUUGAUUAUCAAUUUGCCCGGUAGUGUAAAAGGAUCCCAGGAAUGUCUUGAGAGUGUGGCUAUUUCUUUAUCUCACGCUGUUGCUGUGCUCAGAGACAGAAUUGCAGAAGUGAAAUCCACACACACACUGAUUCAGUCAAAUAUGGGAAAUUGCCCUAGUCACAGACAAAAGCACAGUCAUCAGGAACAUCAUCACUAUCAUGGGAACAGCAAGGUUGAUCCAACUCAAGUAGCUCGAAGGGCAAGAGAGUCUCCAUAUCCUCUUAUAGAUGUUGCCACUGCCCAGAUGACUGUCUUAGAGCAUGCUGAAGUACUAGGAACAGAGAUGGUGGACUUCACUGAGGCUCUGGGCAGAGUGCUGGCUGAAGAUGUGUUUGCCAAAGAUCCUCUUCCUCCAUUCCCUGCCUCCAUUAAGGAUGGUUAUGCUGUGUUGGCAAGUGAUGGAGCUGGAAAACGGCAAGUUCUGGGCAGCUCUAUUGCAGGAGUCAAUCCUGGUGAUCAAAGUGUUCUGCAGCCAGGCCAGUGUGUUAGAAUUAACACAGGGGCACCUGUACCUGCGGGUGCAGAUUGUGUUGUGCAGGUAGAAGAUACCAGAUUGAUCCGGGAAGCAGAUGAUGGCAAGACUGAACUGGAGAUAGAAAUUCUCCUUCCUCCUAAAGUGGGCCAAGACAUUAGGUACAUGUUGUGUAGUGUUGAAUGUUCUCCAAGUGAAUAGCUGUUAGUCAUUCUGUCCCUUAUAUUGACCUGUGCCUUGAAUAAGAGCAGAUUUUUGUAAGUUUUCUCAUAUUCAUCUCAAGUUUGCUACUUGUUGCAUAUUUGUUGGUCUCACUUGUCUUGCAAACCAUUUGUCAUUUACUUAGCUCCCACUCUGGCAUGUGUGUCACCCUGUCUCAGUGUUGGUGUCUU